AUGCCGGAGUACGAGCUCCUGUAUUGGCCCGUAAGCGGUCUCGCCGAGCCGAUCAGGCUAACCUUCGUGGUGGCGGGCAUCCCGUUCAAGGAUACGACUCCCCUCACGGACCCACAGUUCAACGACCGGAAGUUGGCACUGCACCCUUAUGCGCCGGAUGCUGCGGGGCUUCCCAUUCUUGUCUUUGACGGCAAGGUGUGCUGCCAAAGCCGAGCCAUCCUCCGCUACAUCGGGCGCCUUGCACAGCACGAGGGGGCCUUCCUCUACCCCACGGAGGAUCCCUUGGAGCAGCUUCUCUGUGAUGAGCUCAUCGACCUGAGCGAAGAUUUGCGGAGGCCCAUGAGUGCCACCGUCACCACCCAGUACAAGGAUGCAGCAGAGAAGGAGGCAGCUCGCCGUGCUCUUCUGUCCGCGGAUGGAGAGUGCACAAAGUUCUUGAAGGUGCUGGACAAGAAGUUUGGGGAGAGCUUUCCCACCAAGCUAACGAUUGGCAACAUCUACGCCUGGUCUAUCGUCACUAUGUUCCGCCAGCCAACCUUCAUUCCAGAAAUUCCAGCAGAUGCGUUGUCCCCCUACGAGAAUCUGACCAAGCUUCAUCAAUGGAUGUCCAGCCUUCCCGUCAUCAAGGCCUAUUACGAGUCUUCGCAGGGCCGCGACAACUACAAGCCCCUUUGA